AUGCUCUGUUUUCUGUUUUCUUUGAUUAAAAAAUAAUGGUUUUAAUGAAAUUGGACCUUCUUACUUUGCAGGUUGACAUUCCUCUCUUGGAUGACUUGCGUCUGAGCUCCAUUUGUGCACAGCAAAUAUGGCACAGCCAAAUUACAUUAAUAUCCUCAUUUGUUCAAAACUUGAGGAAAUUGACUAUGUCGAACUAUAAUAAUUUGAAAUAUCUCUUUACAUCAUCGAUGGUUAAAAGUUUUGAGCAACUUGAAGUACUCAAGAUAUGGUAUUGUAAGGAGAUGCAAGUGGUAAUACUGAUAGAAGAAUUGGUAGAAAAAGAAAAGACAAGCCAUACAAUGUUUCCCAAAUUAGACAACUUACAGCUCUAUGACCUUCCGCAACUCAUAAGAUUUUGCUCCAAUUGCAAUUCUCUUGGAGAAGUAUAUGAAGCUCAAGGACACAAUGGUAGUGGAUCACAAAUAGUUGCAGCCACACAAUCAAAUUUGGUGGAAACAGAAGUCACUCAGUUUGUGUUUCCUCAAGUAACAUACCUGGAACUUAGUCAUCUACCCAAUUUUAAGGGUUUCUUCCCUCAAAUGCACAUCACAAAAUGGCCAUUGUUGAAAAGAAUGCUUGUGCAACAAUGUGACAAGGUGAAGACAUUUGCUUCAGAAUUUCCAAGCAUUGAAAUAACAUAUGGAGACAACCAACUUGAAAGGCAAACUCAAGAUCCUAUGUUUUGGAUUCGCAAGGCUGCGUUUGCUGCGGCUGCUCACGAAGGAGAUGAGGUGGUGCCCGGCGGGUGGAACGGGUUGGGCGGUUGGCGCGGGUCGAACGAGUCAAACGGGUUUGGACGGGCCAACUCUCAAAACGGGCCGAAGCAUGCACUCGGCCCGUUUUUAAGCCCGGAAAACCCUUCUGUUAAAAAUUUAAAAGAGUUGGUUGUGGAGGGCUGUGGUACUUUGAAAUAUCUACUGACAUCCUCUAUAGUUGAGAGUUUUCAGCAACUCACAGUGCUCAAGAUUUCUGGCUGUAAGAUGAUGGAAGGGGUAAUAGUCUUAGAACAAUUAGAAGAAGAGAAAAGGAUGAGGCGGACUCUCUUUCCUAAGCUAGACUCUCUAGUUCUCCAAGAACUUCCAAAAUUCACUAGAUUGUGUUCUGGAAAUUUUUUUGAAUUCCCCUCCCUUACAAAACUUACAAUAAGCAAGUGCUCUAUGUUGAAGACAUUCAUCUCCGGUUUUGCUAUAGGGAACACGACAAUCAACACUGAAAAUGAAGUGAAUGCUACACCAUCUCUCUUUUGUGAAAAGGCUACAUUUCCUAGUCUAGAACGGCUGGUUGUGAAAUGGAAUGACAAUAUAAAGAUACUGUGUGGACAUCAUCCAGAGGGGUAUUUUGGUAAACUAAAGGUUCUGCACCUCCUUGGCUUUCCUAAGCAAUCGGCUUUGCUCCCGCCUUUCUUCUUCCACUCUCUGCCCAAUCUCGAAAAGCUUCUUGUGAAGGAUGCUUUCUUCGAUGAAAUAUUCCAAUGUGAAGAAGUUACUGGUGAGGAAAAACUUUUAUGUGGACGCACUCCAUUAAGGACAUUAAGAUUGUCCAAACUUCAUGAGCUAACACAUCUUUGGAAGGAAGAAUCCCAACUUGAAGUAGACAUUCUCAGAAACCUAGUAACUCUAAAAGUGCAGGAAUGUAGCAGAUUGAAGAAUUUAGUUCCCUCCACUGUAUAUUUCUCCAAUUUGCAGACUCUAGUAGUAUCUGAGUGUCAUGGACUUGUCAGUUUAGUGAGAUACUCAACCGCAAAAAGCUUGGGGCAGCUCUAUGAGAUGAAAGUAGCCAAUUGUGAGAUGAUAGAAGAAAUUGUCGUAUGUUCGGGUGAUGCUGUGAAGGAUGGCAUUGUUUUCACCAAUUUGAAUUGUUUGCAACUUAAAGGUCUACCAAGACUAGAAAGCUUCUGCUCAGGGGACUGCAACUUUAAAUUCCCAGAUUUGGAAGAGGUAAUUGUUACAGAGUGUCCAAAUAUGCAGAUUUUCUCUAAGGGAGAACUAAGCACACCAGAACUGCAUGAAGUGAAAUUGACAGGAGAUAUAUAUGAAUAUAUGGAUAAAGAUAUCGAUGAAGAUAUAGAGAAAAAAAUAGAUGAUAUUUUUAAUAAAGAUGAAGGCGGCGUUAAAGUUGUUAGAGAUGGAGUUGAAAGAUGCUGGGUAGGGAACCUUAACAGCACUGUACAACAGUUGUUCAAGGAAAAGGUAUGUGAUAUGAUUAGUGGAUUAGAGUGCAAGGUCAUGGUAAUUUGAUGAACUUCUUUUUCUUUUACUUUGCCAUGCAAAUCAAGGAAGCACUUUCAGUUAUACAACUUUUUACUGCAGUUUUUGCUUUCCCCUUUCAACAUGUUAUUGUGAUGGUUACAGAGUGCUCGUAAUUCCAGAAAGGGCAAUGGAGAAAACAAUGAUCAUGACGCUAAAGAAGAUGUAUGCCUAAUUCAAAUUUGAAGAAAGCAUUAGUAGUUAUUCUGAAAAGGAUAAUGUUAACGGUGCUGAAGAUGGGUGCAAUGGAUUCUUAGGUUUUAAUUGCACACUCACAAGAAGCUAGAUUUUCGUGCUACCAAGUUCCCACAUUGCUUUGGCACUCAAAAGAAUCUUCAAUUUCUAAAAUUCGUGUGUGACAUGAUUAUCAAGUAGUUAAUUAUGGAAAACACUAGAGACCAUUUCAUUUCAUUUUUCUUAUUUUGUUUGCUUUAUUGUGUGAAAGAGAGCAUUUUAAUUUGUUAUGUAUCUUUAUUCAAAAAAGAGAUGUGAUUUGUAAAUCAAUUAUGUCCUCUAUC